AUGAAUGUGUAUUGGGCUGUCGUAAAGCAGUUCGUAGUGCCGCGAGAACGAGAACAGAGCUGUGAGACUGGCACCGGACAGAAGAGUGAUGAUCCCCUGUCACCUGAUUAUGUACCUUCAGUUUUUGCACAUACAAAGUCCCCUGCAAAAAGACCUGCUGUGCAAAGCCUUGAGAAGUUCAACGUGAGACAGAACCUGAAGAAGAAGAAACUCCUGCAGUCUUCAAGAAGCGAGGCGGCUAUGGCACUCCUGGACUUCUCAUCAGAGAUGAGCGAGAUGACCACUCAGCUCACUGAGAAUGAGAUGCCUGAAGGUGAAUGUGCCAAACUGACCUGA